AUGCAGCUCGGCGUCGCCUGGCGGCUGCUGGUGGCCGCGGCCCUGGGGCUCGGGGCGCGCGGGGUGCGCGGCGCGGUGGCUCUCGCCGACUUCUACCCGUUCGGCGCCGAGCGCGGCGACGCCGUCACCCCCAAGCAGGACGACGGCGGCUCGGGGCUGCGGCCGCUCUCGGUGCCCUUUCCGUUCUUCGGCGCCGAGCACUCCGGACUCUACGUGAACAACAACGGAAUCAUCUCCUUCCUGAAGGAGGUUUCUCAGUUCACCCCAGUGGCCUUCCCCAUUGCCAAGGACCGCUGCGUGGUGGCAGCCUUCUGGGCAGAUGUGGACAACCGGCGUGCAGGCGAUGUGUACUACCGGGAGGCCACCGACCCAGCCACGCUGCGCCGAGCCACGGAGGAUGUCAGACACUACUUCCCCGAGCUCCUGGACUUCAAUGCCACCUGGGUUUUUGUUGCCACCUGGUACCGAGUGACCUUCUUUGGAGGCAGUUCCUCAUCCCCUGUCAACACAUUCCAGACUGUGCUCAUCACAGACGGCAAGCUCUCCUUCACCAUCUUCAACUAUGAGUCCAUCGUGUGGACCACAGGCACACACGCCAGCAGCGGGGGCAACGCCACUGGCCUGGGGGGCAUUGCAGCCCAGGCUGGCUUCAAUGCAGGCGAUGGGCAGCGCUACUUCAGUAUCCCCGGCUCACGCACGGCAGACAUGGCCGAGGUGGAGACCACCACCAACGUGGGUGUGCCCGGGCGCUGGGCGUUCAGAAUCGAUGAUGCCCAGGUGCGCGUGGGGGGCUGCGGCCAUACAACCUCCGUGUGCCUGACCCUGCGCCCCUGCCUCAACGGUGGCAAGUGCAUCGACGACUGUGUCACGGGCAACCCCUCCUACACCUGCUCCUGCCUCUCAGGCUUCACGGGGCGGAGGUGCCACCUGGACGUGAACGAAUGUGCCUCCCAGCCCUGUCAGAACGGCGGGACCUGCACUCACGGCAUCAACAGCUUCCGCUGCCAGUGCCCGGCCGGCUUUGGGGGACCCACCUGUGAGACAGCCCAAUCCCCCUGCGACACCAAAGAGUGUCAAAAUGGUGGCCAGUGCCAGGUGGAGAACGGCUUUGCGGUGUGUGUGUGCCAGGCUGGAUACACUGGAGCAGCUUGCGAGACGGAUGUGGACGACUGCAGCCCUGACCCCUGCCUGAAUGGAGGCUCUUGUGUUGACCUAGUGGGGAAUUACACCUGCUUGUGUGCAGAGCCCUUCAAGGGACUUCACUGUGAGACAGGAGACCACCCAGUGCCUGACGCCUGCCUCUCAGCCCCUUGCCACAAUGGGGGCACCUGUGUGGAUGCGGACCAGGGCUACGUGUGCGAGUGCCCCGAAGGCUUCAUGGGCCUGGACUGCAGGCAGAGAGUCCCCGAUGACUGUGAGUGCCGUAACGGAGGCAGAUGCCUGGGCGCCAACACCACCCUCUGCCAGUGCCCCCCGGGAUUCUUUGGGCUUCUCUGUGAAUUUGAAAUCACAGCCAUGCCCUGCAACAUGAACACACAGUGCCCAGACGGCGGCUACUGCAUGGAGCACGGUGGGAGCUACCUCUGCGUCUGCCACACCGACCACAAUGCCAGCCACUCCCUGCCAUCACCCUGCGACUCGGACCCCUGCUUCAACGGAGGCUCCUGCGAUGCCCAUGACGACUCCUACAUCUGCGAGUGCCCGCGCGGUUUCCACGGCAAGCACUGCGAGAAAGCCCGGCCACACCUAUGCAGCUCCGGGCCCUGCCGGAACGGGGGCACGUGCAAGGAGGCAGGCGGCGAGUACCACUGCAGCUGCCCCUACCGCUUCACCGGGAGGCACUGUGAGAUCGGGAAGCCAGACUCAUGCGCCUCUGGCCCCUGUCACAACGGCGGCACCUGCUUCCACUACAUCGGCAAAUACAAAUGUGACUGUCCCCCAGGCUUCUCCGGGCGACACUGCGAGAUAGCCCCCUCCCCCUGCUUCCGGAGCCCGUGUGUGAACGGGGGUACCUGCGAGGACCGAGGCACGGAUUUCUUCUGCCACUGCCAAGCAGGGUACAUGGGACGCCGGUGCCAGGCAGAGGUGGACUGCGGCCCCCCAGAGGAGGUGAAGCACGCCACACUGCGCUUCAACGGCACGCGGCUGGGCGCGGUGGCCCUAUACGCAUGUGACCGCGGCUACAGCCUGAGCGCCCCCAGCCGCAUCCGGGUCUGUCAGCCACAUGGUGUCUGGAGUGAGCCUCCCCAGUGCCUGGAAAUUGAUGAGUGCCGGUCUCAGCCGUGCCUGCAUGGGGGCUCUUGCCAGGACCAUGUCGCUGGGUACCUGUGCCUCUGCAGCACAGGCUACGAGGGCGCCCACUGCGAGCUGGAGAGGGAUGAGUGCCGAGCUCACCUCUGCAGAAAUGGAGGCUCCUGCAGGAACCUCCCGGGGGCCUAUGUCUGCCAGUGCCCUGCAGGCUUCGUCGGAGUCCACUGUGAGACAGAGGUGGACGCCUGCGACUCCAGCCCCUGCCAGCACGGAGGCCGGUGUGAGAGUGGCGGCGGGGCCUACCUGUGCGUCUGCCCAGAGGGCUUCUUUGGCUACCACUGCGAGACAGCGAGUGACCCCUGCUUCUCCAGCCCCUGUGGGGGCCGUGGCUACUGCCUGGCCAGCAACGGCUCCCACAGCUGCACCUGCAAAGUGGGCUACACGGGCAAGGACUGUGCCAAAGAGCUCUUCCCACCGACGGCCCUCAAGAUGGAGAGAGUGGAGGAGAGUGGGGUCUCCAUCUCCUGGAACCCGCCCGACGGCCCAGCCGCCAGGCAGAUGCUUGAUGGCUACGCAGUCACCUACGUCUCCUCCGACGGCUCCUACCGCCGCACGGACUUUGUGGACAGGACCCGCUCCUCGCACCAGCUGCGGGCCCUGGCGGCCGGCAGGGCCUACAACAUCUCUGUCUUCUCAGUCAAGCGCAACACUAACAACAAGAAUGACAUCAGCAGGCCUGCCGUGCUGCUGGCCCGCACGCGACCCCGCCCUGUGGAAGGCUUCGAGGUCACCAAUGUGACGGCCAGCACCAUCUCAGUGCAUUGGGCCCUGCACAGGAUCCACCAUGCCACCGUCAGUGGGGUCCGCGUGUCCAUCCGCCACCCUGAGGCCCUCAGAGACCAGGCCACUGAUGUGGAAAGGAGUGUGGACAGGUUCACCUUUGGGGCUCUGCUGCCUGGGAGGAGGUACACCAUCCAGCUGACCACCCUCAGUGGGCUCAGGGGAGAGGAGCACCCCACGGAGAGCCUGGCCACCGCGCCAACACAUGUGUGGACCCGGCCCCUGCCUCCAGCAAACCUGACCGCCGCCCGGGUCACAGCCACCUCUGCCCACGUGGUCUGGGAUGCCCCGACUCCAGGCAGCUUGCUGGAGGCUUAUGUCAUCAAUGUGACCACCAACCAGAGCACCAAGAGCCGCUACGUCCCCAAUGGGAAGCUGGCAUCCUACACAGUGCGCGACCUGCUGCCGGGACGGCGGUACCAGCUCUCUGUCACGGCCGUGCAGGGCACGGAGCUCGGGCCACUGCACAGCGAGCCCGCCCACCUCUACAUCAUCACCUCCCCCAGGGAUGGCGCUGACAGACGCUGGCACCAGGGAGGACACCACCCUCGGGUGCUCAGGAACAGACCGCCCCCGGCGCGCCUGCCGGAGCUGCGCCUGCUGAAUGACCACAGCGCCCCCGAGACCCCCACCCAGCCCCCCAGGUUCUCGGAGCUUGUGGACGGCAGAGGAAGAGUGAGCGCCAGGUUCGGCAGCUCACCCAGCAAGGCAGCCACCGUGAGAUCACAACCCACAGCCUCAGCGCAGCUCGAGCACACUGAGGAAGCCCCCAAGCAGGUCAGCCUGGCCCUCCAGCUCCCUGAACACGGCAACAAGGACCUCAGGAACGUCCCUGGGAACUGUUCAGAAAACCUCUGUCAGAACGGAGGCACCUGUGUGCCGGGCGCGGACGCCCACAGCUGUGACUGCGGGCCAGGGUUCAAAGGCAGACGCUGCGAGCUCGCCUGUAUAAAGGUGUCCCGUCCCUGCACAAGGCUGUUCUCCGAGACAAAGUCCUUUCCAGUCUGGGAGGGAGGCGUCUGUCACCACGUGUAUAAAAGAGUCUACAGAGUGCACCAAGACAUCUGCUUCAAAGAGAGCUGUGAAAGCACAAGCCUCAAGAAGACCCCAAACAGGAAACAAAGUAAGAGUCAGACACUGGAGAAAUCUUAAGGUACGUCCCUGCUGCUCCCGCACCACUACCACAGAGCUGCUGGGAAGUGGGGGGCGAGUGCCCAGCCCUGGGGCUCUCAGAGUGCCGCUGCCUGCUUACUAAGCACUGCUAAAGGAAGCUCGGUCCUGUGCUGCUGUGUUACAGGCUCCUGGGCAGGAAGGUUUCAGAAUUUCCCAAGGGGAAAAAGACAUGAACCUGCUCUAGCCACCGACAAACACAUCUUCAGGUGGAAAUGAGGCUCUCUGUGGAUAGGGGCAAAUCCCACCCUUUCUCAAGGGAAAUGUGGCCAAGAAACCCCUCGAUCAGCUGCAGGGGGAGGAAGAGGCAGGAGGGUGGGCACUUGGAGAGAGGCUGGAAAACCACCUGGCACCUGGGAGGAGGGGCCACGGGCAGUGGGAGGGCCUGGGCUGCUGAGAAAUUCCGGGGGUUCCAGGACAGAGCUAAGACAGUGCCUCCCAGGGCUUGUGAAUGGCAUUCUGUCAGAACUAAAAAUGGGGCAGGGGCCUUGAUCACUUAAUAUUUAGAAAGUCUCAAAGGCUGUCACUAGGAAACUCAUCGCUGACACUAGACUCAUAGGCGUUCAUAAAUCCUGAAAUGAAAGAAACUUUCUAACUCUCUUUUUUGAUUAAGCUAGCAUUUCCCAAACUCUUUUGGCAACCAAACCCCCAUCCUGCCCCUGCCUCCUGCUGCUGCAUCUUCAACAACACUGGUAUUCUUCACAGUGGUUUGCAGAAGACUGGGAUACACCAUAGAAAGCCACAUCUACAACCUGUUAUCAGUUUCAUACUGACUAGUUUCUUAUCAACAUGUCACUAUGCGUGAAAGAUGAAUUUCUGGUUGGCCUAGGACAGCUUUGCUACUUCCGCCCCUUAAAUGAGCCUUCACAGUUCCUCUUCCUGGUGGUACAGAUGAGAAUGAGGCACCCUUGGGUAACAAGCCACUUCAAAACAGGUCUAUGUUUUGUUAU